CAGGCAAUCAACCCAAUUCCAACCUCUAUCAUCCCACGAAAGCUGAUCCCACGACAUCUCCUCAAAAUCGUCACGGAUCUGAGCCGCAUGUCAAAUCUUCUCGGAGGUUCAUCAUCGUCGGCGCACAUGUCUCCCUAUCGCCCUAGGCAGCCGCCGCCGCCGCAGCAGCCUGCAAAGGAAAGAAAGGGUAAUCCACCAUGAUCGCCAUCACUGCCCGCACUCCUGUCCACCAAGAUUGAGUUCCAUCAGACGCCCUUAAGGAUCCCCUCUCGCACUACUUCGCAGAUAUCCACGCAUAUUCUUGUAAGGGAGAUGAUAGAACGAUGGCUGCGUGGGAGAGAUAGGCCGUUGCAUCUUCCGCGUUCGAAGAUCACUCGUGUGUGUGUGGCGGGGAGAGCCCCAGCCAAGUUUGGAGUGAUACAAUACCAUGAUUGUGCUUGGUCUUUUGCUCACCCACCAUAACCAUGUUUUCACGAUGGUCGAAUAGUUGUUGAUUUAUCCGCACGGGUUUGGCUGGAGGCCGCUGGCGACAUACUCCAAAAGUCUCUGACCUUUCGUCUGCCUGCGUAUACGUUCGCGGAGAAUUUCGUCAUCCAGGGCUGAGUGUGGGUGGGAUGGAGGCAGAGACACCCUCAGGGCACUGACAAGAUGCUAUCUACCCAUCUACCUAUCUACACAUGUGUCGUCGACAUACCAUCCACGGCUGAGUAUGAUUGUGCCAUACCAUAGCUACGGUGCAUACUCUUGAAGUACUUGAAUAUUUGAGUCGACCACGCAUCGCAUUUGGCGCAUCUGUCGCCGCCGCACUCAUAUAUAUGACACCGCAGCACGAGACACAACAAUACAUGCCCUGGGCUCCCAAUACCAAAUAGGGAAGCUUGAGUCAACCACUUGACGCAUUCACAUCACAGCACAGCUGGGCUUCAACAGCUAGAGGUACAACAUACGUGUCCCCGCGAACCCACAUAUCAUAUCGCCAUUGUCUGCUGUAAACUUCCGACGAUACCUUUCUUGCGUACUGGUAUCCUUUAUGUUGUUGUUCACCUUCCAUUGUGAACGUGAACUUAUAGGUGGAUUAUCUCGAGGCAUCGUCUGCUUUCACGAUUGGCAAGGCCAUGUUACCACCAGCUCAUACUCAUGUGCAGCUCGAGGCUGACCACUCCAUUUGCAUCGUGCUGCACAUGCAGUUGAAGUGCUGUCCGGAAGAAGUAGCGGAAGCAUCACCACCGAGGCGCAUCAUCACAUCGUCAACGACGAGAGGAUGCUGUCGCCCUUUUCUAUUGCUCGACAUCCUCACCGGCAUUGGAACAUAUUCUACAUAUCGUGUGUUACCUUGCUUGCGGGUGGUACCGCAAACGGGGGUGGCUGGAGUCUUCAAAUGCUCUUUGUUCGCUCUUCGUUAUUUGGUGAUAUAUAUAUACUGAGUAUGAGUAGCCGGCAUGAAUGGCAUGCUCGUGCGAAUGAGGCUCAAAAGUGAGGGCUUGAAAGAGGAGGGUUUAUGGGAUCAGUCUAGCUCUUGCUGGACUGCUUGAGUUUUUCCGUAGAUAACUUGCAUGCUCGUGUGACUUCAAUAUGUAAUUAUCGGUGCGAAUAGGAUUGGUGGUGGAGGUGAUUGCGGGAGUGAAGGAGGUCGCGUACUGUACCUUUUUGGAGCCGCGACGGAGCGACUUCUUUGCAUCCGCAGAGGAGGCACCACCGCCCACUCACGCCAGGAACCUUGAACCCCAACAACCACCAUCGACCGACCGCGCAUGCAAUCCUCCCACGGUGAGUUCUGCCGGGAAACCCUACACACCUCUACUUUCUUCAUCUGUACUGCGAUUCUCCGUCUCUCUCUGUCUCUUCAGAUCUCAUCUCAUCGCGCUGCAUUUCCUCUGCACUUCAGUUCCUUUGCAUGCCACUCAGAGAGUCACGGGCAUCCUGGCAAGGACCAGCCUAACCGAGAUGGGCGAGAAGCACAUUUUAGCUUCCAAACCCACGGCCAGCGACACAGCAGCCAAAUCACGACCACCUCCACAUCGUUCUCACGUCCGGGAUGUCGCAAUGAAAGACAGCUGGAGCCACGGUGACGACCGCAGAGAACGAGGCAGAGUUGAUCGAGGAGUUGCACACCAACGACGAUCGCGAUCACCUCCCGCCCGCCGCCACGAAGAACCCAAGGAGCGGGACCAUACUCCAGCAAUAUCAAGACCCAUAUCCCGGCAUCACGAUAGACCACGCGAACGCAGCCACGAGCGUAGGAGGAGAACAUCUCGCUCACCAAGGAGGGACGCUGGGGAGGAGGUGCGCGAGAGAAACAGAGGCAGAGAGUUACUAGACACACGAGGCUCUGUAAAGCCAAAACGUACCACGACUCAUCACUCACCAUCAUCGAGUAAAAGGCGCAAGACCCGAAGCCCUUCGCCAACUCGAAGCCAUCAUAAGAAAUCCAGGAGGGAUCCAUCGCAUAGCCCGGAGCGAGGAUCGGUGCGGUCUGAGAAGAAAAGACGGCCACUUUCCCCACUCCCAUCUCGAAAACGCUCAAGUGAAAGGAGACCUCUAGACAGUCGUUCCGAAGGAAAACACAAGCACCAUCGAGAUUCCGAACGGAGGAAACGAUCACCAAGCCCACGAUCCAGUAAGCACGAAAGGCCAGAAUUCACUCGCCGCCGGUCUGUUUCGCGGCACUCCAAACGUGGCCGUUCUCCUGUAGGAUAUCCUUCAAAGGCGCGUGAGAGGUCUCUUUUUGAAAAGGCCAGGGAAAAGGACCGCAAAAGAGCACAGUCACCUCAAACUGGACGCCGAUCCCCAGACUUCGAUCGUUACGAGCCUCGCAGUCGCUCUCGACAUCGUUCUCCCGUACCACACAAAGACUUCAAGCCUACUAGAGCACGAUCCCCAAGAGAAAAGGAUUCUAGACCAAGAGAGGAGGAGGAAAGGCCAGCGCGAGGCGAUUACAGAUCCGAAAAACCACACCCAAGCCGGCCACGGAUCUCCACCGCUUCUGGGGCAAACAGCAUCGAAGUAAAAUCCUCGAAGCAAUCACCCACGACUGCAUCGGGUGCGAACAGUAUUGAGGUGAAGAGAAAGUCGGAUAAGAUGAACAAUAGGGGCUAUUAUGGCGGACAGCAGGGUUAUAACCCACAUCAGCAGAUGCAAGCUGCAUUUCCCUUAAAACCUCAGUACAACCAGGGGCCUCCUAUGGAUCCAAGACAAUAUUCUCAGUCCCCCCAACAUCACAUGACUCCCAAUUCUUAUCAUGGAUCACCUCAAGCACAGUCGCCAUACUCUGGGGGUCGAGGUGGGUGGGGAGGGCCACAAUACUCGCCGCAGCCGUAUGUGUUCCUUUCACGUUUUAUUUGCUAUAGCUGACGGUUCACUUAGUCAAUACCCCCCGAAUCCUCAAAGUUAUCAACAGCAGCACCAGGGGAGCAACAACUACUCUAACAAUCAAGGUGGACCCCAGGGAUCGUACUACAACAAUCACUCACAGUCUCCUCCAUACCAACAGAUGGCGCCAAAUGGACCUAUGAAUCAACCAUACCAGCAAAACUUUCGCGGUAAUCAGAGGGGAUAUCGUGGAAACCAUUAUAAUGGCGGGAUGCGUGGAGGACGAGGUGAGUUCCGAGGUGGCCGUGGUGGGCAUUUUCAGAAUCUACAUUGGAACGCAGGUGGAGCGGGUCGAGGGAAUCACAAUAACUCUGGCCCUGCCACCCCUCAACAUGCUUCGCCACAGCAGCAGCAACAUCCAUCAAAUUCGGGACCCCCUCAAGCCGCGGCUCCUCAGACUGCUUCUCAGCCAGAUCCUCAACCGGAAGAUGAAGAAGAUAAUGAGGAUCUUUUCAGGCCGUCGAAGGAGCUGCGAGUAGAAGAAAAGGGCGCCGACAAGAAGGACACCGAAGAGAAGGCCACUUCUAAUAAGACUACUCCCACAGGACCCCAAAGUCAACCCUCGAAGUUUAGCUUUGCCUUCAAAGCUACAACGAAGACUCCAGCAACGCCAAAACCGGAGAUUUCUCAAAAGCUUACAGUGGCCCCUCCGCGAAAAGAAGUCCAGAGUCCUGAACGUACCCGAUUACCUCCACCGCCUCCACCAUCACGACCUGUGCCAACUGAACCAGCCGUUUCUCGACGCCCAGAAUUCCGUGAACCGCCGCCGCCGCCACCACCUACGACAAGGAAAGUGAAGAAGAUAAUGAAACGACAAAAGGCGAGACCGCAAUUGACCGAUGACUUCAAGAAAUCCGACUCCGUUUACUACAGGAAACCCGGCAAUGAAUCCGUCGUCGGCUCUGGAACAUAUGGCAAAGUUUUCAAAGGUAUUCAUGUUUAUACGAAAGACAUGGUUGCGUUGAAGAAGAUUCGUAUGGAAGGGGAGCGGGAUGGAUUUCCCGUCACGGCAGUUCGUGAGAUCAAGUUACUUCAGUCCUUGAAGCACCGCAAUAUCGUCAAUCUUCGAGAAGUGAUGGUGGAGAAGAAUGAUUGCUUCAUGGUGUUUGAAUAUCUUUCACACGACCUUACUGGCCUCUUGAACCAUCCCACUUUUAAACUGGACCCUGCACAUAAGAAAGAUCUUGCAAAACAGAUGUUUGAGGGCCUGGAUUACCUGCACCGUCGCGGUGUGCUUCAUCGGGAUAUUAAAGCCGCGAAUAUCCUUGUCAGCAAUCAAGGUCAGUUGAAGAUUGCGGAUUUUGGACUGGCACGUUUCUAUGCGAAGCGCCGACAACUCGAUUAUACAAAUCGUGUCAUUACUAUCUGGUAUCGCUCCCCAGAGCUUCUCCUUGGCGAAACACAAUAUGGGCCUGCUGUUGAUAUAUGGAGUGCCGCUUGUGUGCUUGUUGAGAUAUUUACUCGCCACGCUAUAUUUCCGGGUGACGGCGGUGAGAUCAGUCAAUUGGAGAAGAUAUACGCUAUCCUCGGAACCCCAAAUAGAGCGGAUUGGCCUGGACUCGUGGACAUGGCAUGGUAUGAACUUUUGAGACCUUCUGCUAAGAGACCAAACGUCUUUGCUGAGAAGUACCGGGAUCGUGUCACACCAGCAGCAUACGACCUGUUGGAAGCUAUGUUCCAAUAUGAUCCUGUCAAGAGACCUUCUGCAUCCGAUGUUCUAGAGCACCCCUAUUUCACCGCGGAGGAGCCAAAACCCAGACAAGCUAUCGAGUAAGUUUCCAUGUUAUGUCCACUCAUCUGUACCUUACUAAUUUCUUGAAAUCAAGACUCUCCAAAUUGGAAGGCGACUGGCACGAAUUUGAAUCGAAAGCCCUCCGUAAGAAGAACGAACAAAGGGAUAAAGAAGCACGGCGGUCUCAAAAGGAGGCCAAAGAGGCCACCAUGAAGGCGGAGAAGGACAAGAAGCGUGCCCCCGAAGGAGAGGCCGCCGAACGCGAAGCUAAGCGUGUUCAAAUGGCACCACCCAGUGUACCUAUCACCAAGCAAGCCGAGGCUUUGAAGUGAGGUCUUGAUGGCCAUCUGGUUCCACAGGGCUGAACAUAUGUGUGGGGGUGAAUAAUCAAGGAGAUGACUCAAGAGUGGAGCCAACUUAGGGAAGGAGCAUUUGACCACUACUUGGCGCAUGGCGUUCUUUUUGCGGUGAAUUGCUUUUUUGGGCGGCUUUGCAUUGAUGGCGGAAAGGGGGUUUUGCGAGAUUUGCAGCGAAUUGCAUGACUGG